AUGGCAGCUGAGAAAGCUGAGAUCGAUGCUCUGAAAAAGGAGUGCGAUGGCCUCCGUGCACAGAUUGAGGCGGCCCGCAAGGCUGUGAACGACGGCGGCCUGUCAGCAGCAGCAGGAGGGGCAUCGGAGGUGGGCCGAGUCCAGCUGAAGCUAAGGAAGACACUCAAGGGACACUUGGCUAAAAUCUAUUCCCUGCACUGGGCCGCUGACUCCAGGUCAAUGGUCACUGCGUCACAGGACGGAAAGCUUCUGGUCUGGGACACCUUCUCGGGGAACAAGCUGGUCGCCGUGCCACUGAAGUCAGCUUGGGUGAUGAGCGUCGCCUUCGCCCCCUCUGGCAACAUGGUGGCCAGCGGCGGUCUGGAUAACAUGUGCACUGUGUACAACAUCAAGUCCACCAGCCCCAAGACCCUCAGGGAGCUGGACGCUCACACAGGUUACCUGUCUUGCUGCCGUUUCCUCAGCGACACUGAGAUCCUGCCGACCUCUGGUGACACCACCUGCUGUCUGUGGGACCUUGAAACCGGCAAGCAGAAGAUCAUCUUCACCAACCACAUCGGAGACUGCAUGUCUCUGGCUCCGUCCGGAGACAUGAACACCUUCAUCUCCGGAGCCUGCGACUCUCUGGCCAAGCUGUGGGACCUGAGGGAAGGAGCCUGCAAGCAGACCUUCUCCGGACACACCAGCGACAUCAACGCCAUCUCGUACUUCCCGGGGGGGAACUGCAUCGUCACCGGCUCCGACGACUGCAGCUGCAAGAUGUACGACCUCCGCUCCGACCAGGAGGUCGUGGGCUUCCAGGACGGCAGCCUGAACUCCGGCGUCACGUCGGUGGCGCUCUCCAGCUCCGGGCGCCUCGUCUUCGCCGGAUACGACGACUUCAACUGCCACAUCUGGGACUCCCUGGAGGGAGAGAACGUCGAUGUGCUGUCCGGCCAUGACAACAGGGUGAGCUGCACCGGCGUCCCCGAGGACGGGAUGGGCGUCUGCACAGGAUCCUGGGAAAGCUUCCUCAAACUGUGGAACUGAGGAGAACACGGAAGGAGGAGGAGGAGGAGGAUGUAGAGGAGGAGGAAAAUGAGGAAGAGGAGAAGGAAGAUGAGGAGGAGGAAGAGGGGGAAGGGGAAUGAUGAAGAGAUAGGGAGGUCAAGGAGAGAGGAAACCACGAGACGAGUCGGGCUGGGCGGAUAUUUGGUGCAGAUCUUCGUCGCUUCCUCGCUCCCUUCUCUCCUUCUUCCUCGCUCCCUUCUCUCCUUCUUCCUCGCUCACGGAUGCUAAAAAACACACGAAUGAGUCGCGUUGUAUAAAACGCCAUCGAGUAAAAUCAAUAAAUAACCGAUGCAUCCC